UCAACGCCGUUAACUAUUUUACAACGACUUCGAUUUCUAAUGCUUUGUAUUGAUAACAAAACAAAAUUCCAUAAUAAAAAAAAGAAAUUCUACACCUCUUAGUAAAAACCAACAAAAAUGGGACAACCACUAACAUUUGAAACUCUCAAAAGAAUUGCAGCCAAUGAUCCCACAGCCCAGGAGAAUCUAGAGGAUCUUAAAUAUAUGUUCCGGGCUGAUAUUGGUUCAGCCCGUAACAUGUAUCGCAUACACACAAUGGAUGACUUGAUCGACUGUCUGGAACGACAUGACGCAUUAUCGGAAUUCAAUAUUGAACCUUUUAGGGAAAUUGCCGAUGAAUAUGGUGGCGCCUUGGCAGCAGUUAUCACGAAUUAUCAUGUACCCAAGGAAUUAUUACCGGCUGAGCCGUAUAAUCAAUACCGUGAAAUACGUUUGUCGCACGAAUGUGCCACCCGUUUGCAUAUAAGUGGUGGAAUAAACGGUUUCCAAAGUGGUUUGAAUGUAAAUGCACCAAAUGUUAAUGCAGCUUCUCCCACUACUAAUCCUGUUAAUAACAGCAGACCACGACAAGCCACAUUUGAUCAAGUUCCAACCAAGGAGAAACGUGCCGCAAUUUAUAAACUAAUAGCCAGCGAAAUUGGUACGGAUUGGCGUUGUCUGGGCCGUGAACUGGAUAUAUGUCAGGGUGAAAUGGAUGACGUUGAAAUUCAGUAUCGUGAUUUAAAAACUCGCGUUUAUAAGCUCUUCCAAAUAUUCGAAGAAGAUGACUCGAUAGAUCCCAAAAAACAUGUAUUAAUAAUAUGCGAAGCAUUGGAACAAUGUCGUCGCAAAGAUUUACGUCGUAAAGUAGAACGCAUCAUGUCUCAUUGAGUUUAUGGAGAUAUUUCGAACAGAAUUUGUGAUAUAUGUAUGUUGUUUAAUGAUGUUACAAAAAAAAACUUUUAAAUUGUAUUUAUGAGAUAUGUACAUACUGCAUUAAAUGCAUAUUUUAUAUAUUGGAAAAAAGGUUUUUACUGUAAAGUAGUUUAAAUUUGUAUUAAAAAGUAAUCAUUUGUACUUUAAUAUUGUUCUUCCACAUUCUCUGUUUUUAUAAAUUUUUCUUAAAGACGUACAGCCCCUUAACAAAAAAUAAAAACAACAAUUGUUUUUUUGGUUUAUUUAUCGAUAAUUUAUUUUUAUUCAAAAUUUUAUUUAGAUCAAUUUAAUGUGUUUGUGUGGAUUUGUUUUUUUUUUUUUGCAUUUUUAAAUUAAUCAUAAUAAUUUCAUUCAAAUAUUCAUGUUAAAACAUCGAGUUUAUAAAUUUAUAAAAUAAAAAGGAGACUUGACAAAAUAAUAAAAGGAUUGAAAUUAAAGUUUUAUGUUUUGUUGUUAUUAUUGAGUGGUUAGACACAAUUUUACCCAAACUACAUAAAAUGUUUUCAAGAUUAAGUGCGGUUUUCUAAGAUAAUUUUGAAUUAUUUCUGUGUUUAACAACAAUAUUAUUUAAAAAGUUUUCAUAAUUUGUUUAGACCAAAAUAAUAAUGCUUUGCAAAUAUUUUUUUUUUUUUGGAAUUCAAAUUUUUAGAAAAUUUG